AUGGCAUCUAAACCUCCUGCUCCUCUAAUGAAGAAGCACAGUCAGACGGACUUGAUAAGCCGUCUGAAGAGCCGGAAGAUCCUUGGAGUCGGUGGCGAGGACGACGAUGGCGAAGUGCACCGCUCAAAGAUCAGUCAGAUGCUCGGAAAUGAGAUGAAGUUUGCAGUGCGAGAGCCUUUCGGGCUGAGGGUGUGGAUACUCAUCUCUGCAGUGGGUUUCACAGCUAUGGCUCUGAUGGCUCUGGUGUUUCCCAACCAACUAUAUGAGGUCGUUUUUGAGGAGGAGCUCUCCACUACUAACAUCUCUGUUCGCCUUUACGGAGGAGCAUUGCUCAGCCUGUCCCUCAUCAUGUGGAACGGACUCUACACAGCAGAAAAGGUCAUCAUCCAGUGGACUCUACUCAGUGAGGCUUGCUACUUUGCUGUACAGUUUUUAGUGACGUCCAUCACUUUAGUGGAGAUCGGCAUCCUUCCCAACGCCGCCAUGCUGCUUCUCCUCAGUCGAGUACUCUUCUUGCUGGUCACCAUGGCUUACUACUACCACCUGGGCCGUAAGCCAAAGAAGAUCUGAGCUGACUGUGUGAUAACUUCCAGGGUGGGGACAGUUAAGCACAGAUCACAAAUGCGGGGCCAGAAGGUUUGGAUUAUGAUUUGAUUGGGGCUCGGAGCAUUACUUUGCCAGUCAAUGCCCCCUGCCCCCUUCUACAGGACCUAGCCUAAUGUAACCCUGAAUAUUUAAAAGAUGGGCACAGUCUCAUAUUCCAGACUCUGCAACAAGAACAAGAAACCUCAUAGUGAAAGUGAACUACUUUCACUGGGGCUGUGAGGUCCAACCCUGUAUUCCUCCUAUGUGCAGUUAUUAUUAAUACUGAGUUAUUUGAUUUGAUUUGUAAUAUUAAUUAAAAUUACAGAGUAGUUUUAAACACCUGAAUCUAUUGUUCAUGUACAGCUCAUGAUUUCCCGACUCAGUAUUUUGUGUCUGAUAAGAAGUUGCAUCGACGCCGUUUCUGAGUCACACUCGAGGACCAAAAGUUUGUGCUGUCAUUUGUUUGUUGUUUUGAUGCUGUUGACGUUAAAUCACACGAUGUACUCUAAUAACUGAGCUUGUGCAUGCUUUCUGACGGCUUUCCAGUGAACACUCAAAAUACACAAUCCAAGGUUUAAGAUUCGGAAAAAGCCAAAUGAGUGACGAUGAAAACUGUUCUAAACUGAUAGCUUUCACACUGAAAAAAACUGUUAAAGUUCAGUGUUUACUCUGUCAUGGCCAUUAAUAAUAUUCAGAUCUAAAUACUUUUCAGGGACUUAUUAUUAUUCCUUGAGUGGACUAUUUUGGACUAUAUUUUCACUACUGACAUUAAUACAUGCAAUGUUGAUGAACACGUGAAGUUACUCAUACAAGAGGAGCAGAGUAGUUCUCUCUUUGCUGUGUGUGCACUACAACUCUUUAUCCCAAGUAACAUUCAGACUACCUUAAAGCUAGUGUUACAAGACAACCACGUCAGUGUGCAGGUAAACAAAUCUGAGCUGGCUGUACUUUGGUGAUGUAGCACAGUUUUGUUUUUUUUAUAUACACCAUAUCGUUAGUCUUGCCUUAAAACUACUAAAAGAACAGUCAUCUACACUGCAUCCUGCUUCCUGUACAUUGUAAAUAAAAUUAUUUACUAUUCUGUGCUGUUCUUGUGAACCAAACAGGGAACUUUUUUCAGUAUUGGGUAAAAUGAUUUUGAAUUCUAAUCCUAUCCUAAUUAUCGCGUCUUAUUUUGUACCUAUUUAAGUGACAUUUGUGUUUCGACAUCAUGCAUGCGAUGUAAUCCACUGAAAGAUCUGUAAUCCAUAAAACUUUGUAGCAAGUUGCCACAAACAGAAGACAGCAAAGCAGUAAAUGGCUGAAUGAACCAAAAUGGCAAAAAAAAAAAACCUAAACAUGAAAAGCUGAUUGAUAAGACAGUUAUACUGUAUGUGCUUUAAAACAAAUAUAUCAUAUAUAUUUGACAGUUUUCACCCAUUGCUGAGUACAUUUCUACCUCCAAAUCCUCAGCAUGCCCUCAGGUACAUCAUAACUCAGCUUGGUUUUCGAGCAGUGCCAGCAAUCCAGUUUGUUGACUCAGCAGCACCUAAAACCUGAUAGAGAGAGACACUCCCAAACACAGGCGACUCAUUUGUAAGUUCGAAUUUAAAAAAAAAAAAGAAAAGGGAACAUACUGUAGGUCUUCAAAGGUGGUCCGUAUUGUUACAAAAGACCACACUGAGUCCUGCCCUAGAAGGGAGUGACCAGUGAUUGUGGGUUUGCAGUCCGGUGCUGAAGGCAGAUGUGCUCGUUACUUGGGGCGAACUUUCAGUUCAGAUAGGGAACGCGAAACAUGGGUGAGGUCUCCUGUACCCCUGAAAAGUAGUAAUUAUCCUUUUUGCCAGGGUUUAAUUAGAUGUAGCGCUCCCGCGUGACGUUCUGUUCCUCAACCUGAACUGCUCUGUCCUGGCUAGCACGAUAAUUAUGGCGUGUAAGAGAAAUGCCAUUCCAUUUCCCUCAAUACUGCGAGGCCUCAAAUCAUCAGCCUUACGAAAAUGUUCAAAGCUCUACAAAACAGGUUAUUUUUGAAGUGAUGGGCAGGCAGGAGGAGGAUGGCAAAGACAUGGCUCUUUCAUCUUCUGGUUCUCUGACAUAAAUUAGCCAAAACAUUCAGAAGCAGCCAGUGUUCUUUGAGUUUGAAGACAUGGCAAGUUGAGCUAUUUAUUCCCUCCUUCAUCCAUCAUGCAUAAAACUGUUGUGAAUAGCAUUCCUUACUCUGUUUCAAGUUGUAGCAUUGUUUUAUAUGUAUUUAUGUGGUAUAUUGUACCUCAAAAAUGCAUUGCUAUUGAUUUUGCAUUACAAAGUUUGAAAUAAAGAACACCGUUGUUUAUUUUGAAGACUUGA